CGCAACAAGCUGUCAGCUGUUCUUGUUUUGCUUCGGUUUUUUUUCCCUUCUUCUUUCUCCAGAGUGUCUGAUCUCUUCUGUAAUAAAUAAGAACAUUUAUGGAACUCAGAUUUGGAUUCUAAAAACACCGGAAAUAAGGAGUUCAAAACACUAAGGCUUAUGAUUAGAUCGGUUUAUUGUUAAAAAGGCGAUCGAGAUUUCUUCUCAGCUGGAUCCUCAAUCCGACGCUAUCGUGCCAAGAGGCAAAGCCGAUCCCAGGCCUCCGAUCCAGGGCGGAGGGAGGGAAAGAGGUAGCUGGGAAUCGGGAUGGAGACGGGAGAGGGAGCAGACGGUCCUAGCGGACCGGGUGAACCAGGAGCCGGGCCCGGGACAGAGCUGACGGGGCUUGGCUGCGCCUCUUUCAACCAAGACUCCACGUCAUUGUCAGUGGGAACCAAGACGGGCUAUAAGCUGUUCUCUGUGACCUCAGUGGACAAACUGGACUGCAUCUACGAGAGCGAGACCCCAGAUGUGUACAUCGUUGAGCGGUUGUUCUCCAGCAGUCUGGUGGUGGUGGUCAGUCUCUCCAUACCCAGACGGAUGAACGUCUACCACUUCAAGAAGGGAACGGAGAUCUGCAACUACAGCUACAGUAACAACAUCCUCUCUGUCAGGCUCAACAGACAGAGGUUGGUGGUGUGUUUGGAGGAGUCAGUGUACAUCCACAACAUCAAAGACAUGAAGCUGCUGAAGACCCUUCUCAACACGCCCUCCAACCCCUCAGGUCUGUGUGCUCUGUCCAUCAACCAUUCCAACUCGUACCUGGCCUACCCAGGCAGCUCCACCAUCGGAGAGAUCAUAGUUUAUGAUGCCAACAACCUGAGCACUGUGACAAUGAUCCCGGCCCAUGACAGUCCCCUGGCUGCUCUCACCUUCAACUCGUCAGGCACCAAGCUGGCCAGCGCCUCGGAGAGGGGUACUGUAAUCCGUGUGUUCUCCAUCCCAGAGGGACAGCGUCUGUUUGAGUUCCGCAGAGGGAUGAAGAGGUACGUCAAUAUCAGUUCCUUGUCCUUCAGUCCUGACGCCCAGUUCCUCUGUGCCUCCAGCAACACUGAGACCGUACACAUCUUCAAACUGGAACAGCACGGACCCAGUGGAGAGGAGGAGUGUCCUACCUGGGGAUCCUACGUAGGGAAGAUGUUCUCUGCAGCCAGCAGCUACCUCCCAGCCCAGGUGUCUGGAGUGAUGAGUCAGGAAAGAGCCUUUGCCACUGUACGCCUCCUAGUGGCCGGGCAGAGGAACGUCUGUACCCUCGCCACGAUCCAGAAGCUUCCUCGUCUGCUGGUGGCCUCCUCCGACGGACAGCUGUUCAUCUAUAACGUCGACCCUCAGGAUGGAGGAGAGUGUGUCCUGGCUCAGAAACACAGAUUGUUUGGUGAGGAUGAGGACAAGGAGGAGGGGGUGGAGUCAGAAGGGUCAGAGGUCACGGUGCCCGUCCAGGCAUGUCCAUCUUACGCCGCCACUGUUGCCAUACCAACCACCGGUCCAGUCACUACCACGCUUACAGGUUACUCUGAGGAUGGUGGGGCUAAGAAGGGCGAGGUGAUCCCAGAACAUGAGUUUGCCGCUGGUCCCGUCUGUCUGGAUGAUGAGAACGAGUUUCCUCCAGUGAGCAACCAGCAACUCUCCUAGCCUGGUCCUAUACAGAAACAAUAAAUUGGUGCCGCGACGGAACUCGAGGUGGCCAGGGGCGUCGUCUGUGAGGGUAGAACGAAGGAAGGAAGGACAGGAGGACAGACAGGCGGGCGGGCGGACAGACAGACAGACAGGUGUCUGUUGUACACGUUAGAACACACUAACACCUGGUCUGGAACCACAGGACUUCCAGGAGAGCCGUUACAUGACCCAGGACAAAAUAAACGAGAGGGAAAAAAGACUCUCAUUUUAGGGUGCCAAGUUAUUUUUUGAAUGAAGUGAUUAAAAAAAUAAUAAUAAUUAUUAUGAUUUCUAAUUGGGGGGGGGGGGCAGGACUGGGUGUUUGUUUACCCGGUGUGUUGGGGUGUGUUACAGUCCUGGGUCAAAUAUAUAAUGUCAAACGCUUUCAAAUACCACUAUGUCAUAAAAGGCACCCUAUUUCCUAAAUAGUGUACUACUUUUGACUGGGACCAUAGGGCUCUAAUCCCUAUUUAGUGCACUACUUUUGACCAGGCCCAUAGGGCUCUGAUCAAAUGUAAUGCACUAUAUAGGGAAUAUAGUGCAAUUUGGUACACAGUCCAGGGCUGUGCUUAGUUUAGUUCAGUGGUUCCCAACCCAUGGGUACUAGGAGAGGGUACUAGAGGGGGUACUAGAGAAGACUCAUGAGACCAUAGGCCUACUGGUCAAAAUGCACAUGAGGGGGUACUUCAGGGGUACUCUGGGCAGAGCGAAAUUUAGUUGGUGGUACACUAACCGGGAAAAAAAAUGUUGGGAACCACUGGUUUAGUGUUUCCUGUAUAAUGGAACCAAUGAAACCGAUUUGAGUAUUCCCAAGAGGACAAACUCCAAACUAAAUCAAGGUCACAAAGGCUCCGUCCCAGAUGGCACCUUGGAAGAGCAGUGGAUGUACCAGAGACCAUGUGAUCUGUCUCUGGGGUGUUAAGACUCUACUGUACCAGAGACCAUGUGAUCUGUCUCUGGGGUGUUAAGACUCUACUGUACCAGAGACCAUGUGAUCUGUCUCUGGGGUGUUAAGACUCUACUGUACCAGAGACCAUGUGAUCUGUCUCUGGGGUGUUAAGACUCUACUGUACCAGGUGCAUGACUGACAUGUCGCAAAUAUAACCACGGUUUUUAGAGCUACAAAAAAUAUUUUAUAAUAGAAUAAUUCAAUUGUUUAAUUAUACCAUCAUCAUAACUUUGUAUUAUGUUUGUUAUUAUUUUUAUUAUUAUUAACAUUCUGGUAUUUAAUCGUAAAGGAGAUUAACAGUUUUUAUUAUGAUGUUUAUUUUGCUUUAAUUCUAUGUAUUUGGAUGUAUUGAUACUUAUUAAAUGUUUACAUGUACCCGUAUUGGACACGAUCCAGCAGGUCGUUUUGUAUGUACGUCCCGAUGAUAUCAUUUGUAAAAGUGCGAAGUUUUGCGGAUUGCACAAGACCAAAAAAGAAACUACACAGAAACAAACAAAUAAAGAAGUAGACUGAAGUAGGAAUGGAAUUAUGCAAAUCA